AGUCACUGGUGGCGAGCUGUUCGAGGACAUCGUUGCCAGGGAGUACUACAGUGAAGCUGAUGCCAGUCACUGCAUUCAGCAGAUCCUAGAGGCUGUGCUGCACUGCCACCAGAUGGGUGUGGUCCACCGCGACCUCAAGCCAGAGAAUCUGCUUCUAGCCAGCAAGCUGAAGGGCGCUGCAGUCAAGCUGGCAGACUUCGGCCUGGCCAUCGAGGUUCAAGGAGAUCAGCAGGCGUGGUUCGGUUUCGCUGGGACACCAGGAUACCUGUCUCCAGAGGUGCUGAGGAAAGAUCCCUAUGGCAAGCCAGUGGACAUGUGGGCCUGCGGAGUGAUCCUCUACAUCUUACUCGUGGGCUAUCCUCCCUUCUGGGACGAGGACCAGCACAGGCUGUACCAGCAGAUCAAAGCUGGGGCGUAUGAUUUUCCCUCCCCAGAGUGGGACACGGACCCCGAGGCCAAAGACCUGAUCAAUAAGAUGCUGACCAUUAACCCAGCCAAGAGAGUGACGGCCACCGACGCACUCAAACACCCCUGGAUCUGCCAACGCUCCACUGUAGCAUCCAUGAUGCACAGACAGGAGACUGUGGAGUGCCUCAAGAAAUUCAACGCCAGGAGGAAACUCAAGGGUGCCAUCCUGACAACGAUGCUCGCCACUCGAAACUUCUCAGCAGCCAAGAGCCUGCUGAAUAAAAAACCGGAUGGUGUCAAAAUCAACAACAAGACCAAUGUGGUCACCAGUCCUAAAGAGCCUGUCCCCACUCCUUCUCUGGAGCCUCAAACCACUGUUAUCCACAACCCAGCUGAUGGAAAUAAGGAGUCCAGCGAGAGCGCCAACACGACCAUCGAGGAUGAGGACGUGAGAGCUCGAAAGCAGGAGAUCAUCAAGGCCACUGAGCAGCUGAUUGAGGCCAUUAACAAUGGAGACUUUGAAGCCUACACGAAGAUAUGUGAUCCUGGUCUCACAUCCUUUGAACCUGAAGCCUUGGGUAACCUGGUGGAGGGCACAGACUUCCACCGCUUCUACUUUGAGAACGCUCUGUCUAAGGGGAAGCAGCCCAUCCACACCAUCCUGCUCAACCCUCACGUCCACCUCAUAGGCGAUGACGCCGCCUGCAUUGCCUACAUUCGCCUCACCCAGUACAUCGAUAGCAGCGGCAUGCCUCGCACCAUGCAGUCAGAGGAGACUCGCAUCUGGCACCGCCGUGACAGCAAGUGGCAGAAUAUCCACUUCCACCGCUCCGGCUCUCCCACCGUUCCCACCAACUGAGAUGACCUCCACCACCUUCCAGCUGACUGACUUCUGCUGUCUUUCCAUCGGAUGCCCAAGCCACGCCUCCCCCUCGUUUGCUAGCGCUCUGCCCUCUCAGUGUGUUGUUUACAUUGUCGCUGCUGAACUGAAGUUUAUUCUAAAUGUAAAGGAGUUCACACUUUGACAACAUCACUUUGUAGAGAGAGUGCAGGGUGUUCAACAUAUCUCUGUUUGCAGCAUUUUUAUUACUGGUUUCUUGAUAUAUUCUUUUUUAAAUAGAAGUGGACUCUAAUGGUGCCACUGGUUCCACUUGAUUUUAAUGGGCUAGUCUGUGAAGCUCCCAGUCAGGAUUACACAUGUUGUGCUAUUGUGAUAUUUUUACCUUUUGGCACAAUGACCGAUAUCAAACUUUUUAAUCACGUUUCUGUUUCCAGACACAAGCCUGCUUUGUUUGGCUGAUCCAUAGAUUUUGGUAAUCAUGUAAUUUGCUCUUUGCUUGAUCCAUAUGAGUUGACUUAUCUUACUGAUGUAUGUUUACUAGGAACUGUAACUACAUGUUUAAAAGGGAAACCGUUUGUUUUAGUGAGUUCGGUCAUCACGGAGCAUCGUGGGAGGAAGUGUAGACAUAGAUUCUUAAAGCCAUUCUGACUCCUGCCAGUCACAUUUUCAUACAAUAAUAAGUUAAUUAUGUGAAUCUGUUUGUUUACAUUUUACAGUGUGAUAUUGAUGCCUGUCCUUCUCCUCACUUACCUUUAAGAACAUCCUCCGUAUUUCAUCCUCUGCUUAAAGUCGAACCCUGUUUAACCGUGUAAAUCAGUUUGCUAAGUUUCAUCACUGACCGGGUUACUCAUGCUCAACACUCAUUAUGUUACGCUAUAGUUAUUUUAGUGCCACCAUCUGACUGAAAGGGAAACGGUUGUUGUGGAGAUCACAGGGAACAAACUUUAAUUCCAGAUUGAAUUGAGUGCAGAGGAAGCCGUUAAAGACAGUCACAGGUGUGUUUUUGUGUAUUAAAUAAUCACUGAAAUAUUUAGAGAACUGCUUCGUAUUGAUUUCUUUGAUCACAUUUGUCCAUUUCAAAGGACACUUUGGGUUUAUCUUUGUGAUUGAACUGUAUGAUGGGCUGCUGGUAUUUAAUGUUGCCAUGAUGGGCCAAGCCUGAUGUUUAAGAAAUCUCAAAUAAAAUGUGAUUUAUGCCAAUGA